AUGUGCCUGAGUGAAGUUAGAUGGUGCACCACUGACCCAGAAAAACAAAAAUGCAAUGAUAUGAAAUCAGCUUUUGCUAAAGCUCAGAUUGUCCCUUCUCUGUCCUGUGUUAAUGCGGCUUCAUCUUUAGAUUGUGCCAAGAUGGUUAUGAACAACCGGGCAGAUGCUGUUGUGCUUGAUGGUUCUUUAAUUUAUCAAGCAGGCAAACAAUUAAAACCGAUUGUUGCAGAAGUUUAUGAUCAAGGUGUGGGGACCUCUUAUUAUGCUGUUGCUGUUGUAAGAAGAAAUUCUAGCAUCACCAUAAACACCUUGAAAGGCACCAAAUCUUGUCACACAGGGUUACAGAGGACAGCAGGCUGGAAUGUUCCCAUUGGGUAUCUAAUUGAUACUGGACGUAUGUCUGUUAUGAAGUGCAAUAUUUAUCAAGCGGUGAGUAAAUUUUUCUCAAUGAGCUGUGUGCCCGGAGCUGAUAGUACAAACUUUCCGUCGCUGUGUGAACUGUGCAAGGGAGAUGAAAACGGCAGCAAUAAGUGUAAACUGAAUGACAAAGAGAGAUACAGUGAUUACAGUGGCGCCUUCAGGUGUCUGGUAGAAGGAGCAGGUGACGUGGCUUUUGUGAAACAUAGCACUGUGAAUGACAAUUCAGAUGGAAAAAAUAAAGAGGUUUGGGCCCAAAAUGUGCUAUCAUCAGACUACCAACUUUUGUGCCAAGAUGGAACCCGUGCCGAAGUUAAUGAGUGGAGACAGUGUCACCUGGCCAGGGUCCCUGCCCGUGCUGUCAUGACUCGUUCUGAUGUGGAUGGAUCUCUUAUUUAUAAGAUUCUCAAUGAUGGUCAGGCAAAAUUUAAUGAUGACAGCACUGACUUCAAGAUGUUCAGCUCUUCAGCCUAUGGUGGGAGCAACCUGCUUUUCAAAGACUCUACCAUAGAGCUCAGACCCAUCUCCAAUCAGACUUACCAAGCAUGGCUGGGAGACGAUUAUCUACAGGCAGUGAAGGGAAUGGACUGUGACCCAGAAAGUCUGCCAAAAUCUCUGCGCUGGUGCACCUUAUCCACCAGUGAAAUAUGGAAGUGUGCAGAUAUGGCAGCUGCCUUCAUAAACAAGACUUUGUACCCAUCGCUGCAGUGUGUAUCUGCUGACAAACCUGAAGCCUGUAUGGAAAUGAUACAGAAAAAAGAGAUUGAUGCUGUUACUUUGAAUGGAAGAGACAUUUAUACUGCUGGAAAUAUAUAUGGGUUGGUGCCAGCUGCCGGAGAGAGUUAUUCUGCAGGGGAUCUGACAAGUAGCUAUUAUGCAGUAGCUGUGGUCUAUAAAAGCAAUACCGAAGCCUUUACUAUCCAUGAACUGAAAGGGAAGAAAUCCUGCCACACGGGUUAUGAACGAACCGCUGGGUGGAACAUACCUAUAGGUGCUCUGAUUAAGAAGGGUUUGAUCAGGCCAGAAGGCUGCAACAUUGCAAAAGCUGUCACCAAUUUUUUCUCUGCAAGCUGCGUGCCUGGGGGUAACCAGAAAGACUUUCCAGCUAAGCUGUGUCAACUUUGCAAGGGUGAUGGGAGUGGUAAAAACAAAUGUGCAUUGAGCACUCAAGAACAGUAUUUUGGGUAUUCUGGAGCAUUUAGGUGUUUGGCAGAGAAAGCAGGCGAUGUGGCCUUCAUUAAACAUUCAACUGUUUUUGAAAAUACUGACGGACAUAAUUCAGAAGUUUGGGCAAAGGAUUUAAAGUCUAGUAACUUCCAACUUCUGUGCCCUAAUGGUGCCCGCGCUGAGGUGGAUCAGUAUGCAUCAUGUAACUGGGCUCAGGUUCCGGCACGUGCUGUAAUGGUUCAUCCCGACACCAACAAACAUGCUGUAUAUGGCCUGCUGGAUAAUGCUCAGGAAUUCUAUGCCAAUAACAUCAGCUCUGAAUUCAGAAUGUUUGACUCUUCCGCUUAUCAUUCUCAAGACUUGCUCUUCAAGGACUCCACCCAUAAAAUUGUUCCUGUACAAGAGAAAACCACGUAUCAGCAGUGGCUGGGAAAAGCCUACUUUGAGUCACUAGAAGGUCUUAAUUGCACGUCUUUAGCAACUGCUGUAACACCAGUGAAUACAUUGUUGUUGCUAAUUAGCAAUAUCCUACUCAUUAAGAUUUGCGCAUAAUUACCAGAUACUGGGUUCUUGGAAUUUGCAGUCCUAUAAUUAUGCUGUGACAAGCACUCCAGGAAAGACAAUUUUGGUUCAACAAAUGAACUUCUCUUCAGGAUGAGCCUGCGUUGCAAGCUUGCUUCGUCAAUUCACAAUUUCAUGCAAUAGUCGAAGUCUGUUCACCUCUUCAAUGAAAAAAGACAAAUCUGUAUACCCUCUAUUUAUUGAAUCAGCAUUAUUACAUUUCAUAUUUGACAUGAGCAGACUGUGUCUUUAGAUGGUUCCAGAUCUUUUAAGUAGUUUGUUUCAUUUUGCUGUGGAGAGUUAAAAAGCAGUAAUAUAAAUCAAUUCCCUUUAAAAUGUGAUAACGUUGCAAUAUUUAUUCAUUAUUUAUUCUGUUUUCUUUUUGCUGUAAAAUACUUAUGAAAUGUGUAUUUCUCCAACUUUAUCCCUAGGAAGGUUGCAGCUCUAAACUUAAAGGGACAGUCUAGUCAAAAUAACAUUUUCAUGAUAGGGCAUGCAAUUUGAAACAUAUUUCCAACUUACUUUUAUCAUCAAAUUUGCUUUUUUCUCUUGGUAUUCUUUGUUGAAGGCUAAACCUAGGUAGGCUCAUAUGCUAUUUUUUAAGCCCUUGAAGGCCUCCUCUUAUCUCAGUGCAUUUUGACAGUUUUUAUAGCUAGACAGCGCUAGUUCAUGUGUGCCAUAACACAACAACCGUGCAACGCUGCAGAAUCUGUUGGCGCUCUACAAAUACCUGAUAAUAAUAAUAAUAAACAACUUUCCAAUUUACUUUUAUCAUCAAA